CUGCACUUCUCCACACAGCAGAGAAAUGACUCAACUCAGCAGCACAACCUCUAUGUGAAACUCAAUGGAAAAUGUGGCUUGUCAAGGUCUUCAGUGUCAUAUAUUUCACUGCUGUUUGUGCAGCUCAGGAUCCUGAAAAUGUGUCCACCGUGUCCAGAGACGUUUCUCCCGCCAGUCCUCGGCCGACAUCAAUGAAGAUUACAACUGUUGAUGAGCCUCCUGUACCAUCUCUGCAGCUACUGUCACACUGGCCAGAUGUGUUCCCUUCGGAGAAAGUGGAGUUAAGUUGUAAUGUCGCUGGCAGCUCGGACUGGACCUUCAGCUGGUACAGAAAUACACAGAAACUACAAGAUCCAGAUCCAAAUGUGUCUGCAGAGGGAUCCAAGCUUACAAUCACUGCCGCAACAAAAACAUAUUCUGGAAAUUAUUCCUGUAACGGUCAUCAUAAAACAAACACCGGCAGAGCAACUCAAACUAGUAAUUCAGUCGAAGUCAGAGUUUAUGACCUACCUAAACCGUCUCUGAAGCUGCUAAGUCCCUGGCCGGAUGUGUUUGAAAAUGAGACGGUGGAGUUUAGCUGUGAGGGCGAGAGCGCUGACUGGACAAUCACCUGGUACAAAGUUACAAAAGGUACAAAUGAAGAGAAGCUUGAGGAUAUCGAGAACCUGGAGAUGCUGGACUCAUAUCUCAACAUCACCGAGGUCACUCAAGCCGAUGAAGGAGGCUAUGCCUGCAAAGCUCAACUAGAAUCCAGGAAAGUCAGCUCUGGAUUCAGCGACACCUUUCAGAUCACAGUUUAUGAAAACUUACCAAAACCAACAGUGAGCAAGGUUCCCACUUUUUACCCGAUGUAUGUUGGAGAGACAGUGAACUUCACCUGCAAUGUUGAUGUGUCCUCUGGCUGGGAGUAUCAAUGGUACAAAAAUGGAGUUCAGUUCUCUGACGCCAACAAAACCAUCAGCAUCCGUCUUAGUCUUUCUGAUCAGGGGAAAUACUGGUGCAUGGCCUACAGAGGUGAAACAACAUCCACAGACGUCAGUAAGGAAAUACAACAAGAUGUUCUUGAAAUUCCAGUCCCAUCUGUGCAGCAGAUCACAGACUGGAUGGAUGUUUUCCCCACUGAGAGUGUUAAGUUGAGCUGUAACAUGAGCGACAGCUCUGACUGGAUUUACACGUGGUACAAAGAUGAAAAGGAGGUCCAAGCGCCUUUUGACUCGAAAGGAGCUACUCUUACCAUCACCUCCGCUUCAGCUGCACAUGAGGGACAAUAUAAAUGCAAGGGACACCUGAACGAAAGGUCUGUCAGCAGCAGACUUGGUUCUGGACUUUCUCUCAAAGUAUAUGAUAAGAAACCCGAAGUCAUACUGACACAGGAUCCAGAGUACAACGUGAUGUUCCCUGGAGAGUCAGUCUCCUUUAGCUGUCACAUUAAUGUCUCUAUUGGAUGGGAGUACUUGUGGUACCAAGAUGGAAAUCCACUUACCGCAUCUGGAAACAAGUAUCCAAUCAGCUCUGUUGGAACAACAAAUAUGGGAUCAUAUAAAUGCGAAGCAAAAAGAGGAAGUGAACAAAACUUCCUCACCAUCGUCAGUCAGGACAUACGUCUUGAAGUUACAGAGAACAAGCCUAAGCCCUCGAUGACUCAACAGCCAGCUGUUGACAUGGUGUACACUGGAGAGUCAGUGUCCUUCAACUGUAAAGUUGAUUCCUCGUCUGGUUGGGUGUAUUACUGGUACAAAAAUGGAACACCACUCCCGAUCAACACCGGUAGUUUUAUCAUCAGUGAUGCCAGUUUAUCGAACAGUGGGACCUAUAAUUGCAUGGCCAUCAGAGACAAAACAAAGUAUAAGACAGAGCACAGUGUUGAACGGAUCUUACGCGUAUCUGAAAUUCCAGUCCCAUCUGUGCAGCAGAUCACAGACUGGAUGGAUGUUUUCCCCACUGAGAGUGUUAAGUUGAGCUGUAACAUGAGCGACAGCUCUGACUGGACUUACACGUGGUACAAAGAUGAAAAGGAGGUCCAAGCGCCUUUUGACUCGAAAGGAGCUACUCUUACCAUCACCUCCGCUUCAGCUGCACAUGAGGGACAAUAUAAAUGCAAGGGACACCUGAACGAAAGGUCUGUCAGCAGCAGACUUGGUUCUGGACUUUCUCUCAAAGUAUAUGAUAAGAAACCCGAAGUCAUACUGACACAGGAUCCAGAGUACAACGUGAUGUUCCCUGGAGAGUCAGUCUCCUUUAGCUGUCACAUUAAUGUUUCUAUUGGAUGGGAGUACUUGUGGUACCAAGAUGGAAAUCCACUUACCGCAUCUGGAAACAAGUAUGCAAUCAGCUCUGUUGGAACAACAAAUAUGGGAUCAUAUAAAUGCGAAGCAAAAAGAGGAAGUGAGCAAAACUUCCUCACCAUCGUCAGUCAGGACAUACGUCUUGAAGUUACAGAGAACAAGCCUAAGCCCUCGAUGACUCAACAGCCAGCUGUUGACAUGGUGUACACUGGAGAGUCAGUGUCCUUCAACUGUAAAGUUGAUUCCUCGUCUGGUUGGGUGUAUUACUGGUACAAAAAUGGAACACCACUCCUGAUCAACACCGGUAGUUUUAUCAUCAGUGAUGCCAGUUUAUCGAACAGUGGGACCUAUAAUUGCAUGGCCAUCAGAGACAAAACAAAGUAUAAGACAGAGCACAGUGUUGAACGGAUCUUACGCGUAUCUGAAAUUCCAGUCCCAUCUGUGCAGCAGAUCACAGACUGGAUGGAUGUUUUCCCCACUGAGAGUGUUAAGUUGAGCUGUAACAUGAGCCACAGCUCUGACUGGACUUACACGUGGUACAAAGACAGACAGCAGGUCCAGGCAGAUAAUACUGUAUCUUUUGACUCGGAUGCAGCUACUCUCUCCAUCAGUUCUGCUUCAGCCUCACACCGUGGACAAUACAGUUGUUUAGGAAAACUCAAGAGCCGGCCUGUCAGCAGCAUCGUCAGCUCUGAAAUAACACUUCAUGUUUAUGAUACAAAACCCAGAGUCACACUGAUGCAGAAUCCCAUACACAAUGUGAUGCAUACUGGAGAUCCAGUCACUUACAGCUGUCACAUUAAUGUCUCUUCUGGAUGGGAGUACCUGUGGCACAAAGAUGGCAGUCCACUCAACUUAUUUGGAAACAAUCACUCCAUCAGUUCUGCUGUGAGAAAAAACACUGGAUCAUAUCAAUGCCAAGUUAAAAGAGGAAGUAAAACAAUCUUCUGGUCAGACCAGAGUCAGGCUGUGAAACUCGACAUUGAGGAGCGUCCAAAGGCUGAUAUAAUUCUGUUAACUGGCUGGUCUGAAGUCUUCUCCACUGACAGCUUGGUGCUCAGAUGUGGGAUGCAAGAAAGCCAGGACAUAUGGAACUACACAUGGUUCAAAGAGGGGAAACAAAUUAAUCUUCUAUCUGAGAAACAUACAGUCACACCCCAGAAUGACCCUGAGCAGAGCCAGUACACCUGCGAGGGCAUUCGCACCGGUAGACCAUCUUAUUCAAAACGCAGUGAUCCUUACAUGACCAAGAACCUUCUCUUGAAGAGGAAGGUGCUUCUUUCCAUCUCUGGCUGUAUCUUCUUUGGCAUCAUCAUCGUCUUCCCCGGGUGCAUUGUCCUCAGAAUCUUCUGCAAACCAGCUGAUGGUGAAGAAAAGCCAGAAGAGACGGAGCUGUUUAUCACCAUGGCUCAGCUAAAGAACAGUGAUGAAGGGGAGGAGAAUGGUACAAUUUGCAGUGAAACAACACCGUUACCAAUAACCUUGCAGGAAGACCAAGGUGUGACGAGUGAGAGCCAUGAUACAACAGAAAACAACGGUGAGCUGAUUUCCUUUAAACACUGAGUUAGGCAGAUAAUUAUGAAUACAUUUAUAGACUUGCUUCAGCCCUGUGAGGCUUCGUUGGGCAUUACAACAACAUUUUUGCAUGUAUUGAAACGGGGCAUACAAUUUAGCAUUUUUGACUUGCCUAGAGAUAUUGCACCCUGGACCAACAGACUGACUGGCAUUGCCAUAUAAAUGUGUACAGACUUGGUUGCACAAUGUUGUCAGAAUGUAUGUCAUUGUCUUGAUGAACGACAAUGAAUCAUGUAUUGAUUCGAAUGAACGAAUGAAAGGCAAUGUUAAAAUAUGAAACAUUAUUUAUGUGAUCAAUCAUAUACAUUUUUUAGCUUUUAUUGUUAGCAAAUAUUAUAUGCACUGUACAUAUGUGAUGGUCUAAAGGACAAUUCAUCAAACCUCCUUCAGUUUUUGUUUCAAUUCUUAGAGCAAACACCUGGGGCAAGAUGUAUAAACUAUGUGUACGCCUUUUCACACACAAACUGGUAUUUGAAAAAGGGAGAAUGUGUGGUGAGAAUGCCUAUUGUAAUGAUCGUGUCAUAACCUUUUUUAUGUCAUACUAUACGACUUUUAAUGCCAUUUUUUGUAUAGCAUAGCCUACUAUUCAAUGACUUUUUACAAUACAUUUUUAUGGCAUGGCAGAACGUUUAAAAAUUAUGAUUGAGAUAUUACUAUGACGAUUUACAGGUAGCCUAGAUGUGAUGAAUUAGUGAUAUGGGCGCUAUAAAUAGCCACAGCCGUGUGUAAUGACAGCUGUUGUGGUGCUGUUGGAGAAACUCACCGAUAUAACACUGUCUAAAUAAAUCUGUGAAAUUGC